UCUUUUUUGGGAGGAGAGACAGAAGAAAGCAGAAGGCAGCCGGGGAAGGGGAAAAACUGGCAAUAGCCAAUCCCCCCUUCCACACAUAGUCUGGACACGACGGAGGCCACUGGAGUAUUUGCUUUUAUCUUUCGUUUUUUGUUCUUUUUUUUUCUCAUCGCGCUGCUGGGAGGUGCUUUACCUUUUCAUUUGCUUGCUCUCUCGGUCCUCUGUCUUCUCAUCUAUUUCGCCAUUUACCUGGUCAACAAUUUCUUCUAUUUAUGAGCCAAACAAGGAGGGAGAGAUUGAGAGAGGCAGAGAGACAGAGAAAAAGAGAAAGAGGAGGGGGAUUUAUUUUUUUUGCCCCCUUAUUCUCUUUUUGUCCCCUUCGUUCAUUCCUCCCUCCCUCUCCAUCGCUAUCACUUGCAGCCCUUUCUAUCCCUGUGCAACCCACGCUCCCUCCUCCCCUACUGCCUCCCUCCUCCUCCCCUACCGCCUCCCUCCUCCUCCUCCUCUCCACCACACCACUCCGCUCACUGUCCACCCGUAACUUUGGCUACUUUUUUGAUUCCACCAGUGUUUUAAUUUCCUUACUUAAAAAACCCCAACUCUUUUAAUUGGCUUGCUUGUAUUUUCUAUUUACGCCUUUUUUUUCACUUUUGUACCUUUUCCUAUCCCCCCCCCCCCUUCUCUUUUUUUCCUCCUACCAUCCUAUGCAUCUUUUUUGGGCGAUUCUUAAUUCUAACCAUAGACUGGCGGACGUCAGAAAAGCACGCAACGCCAAACGUCUCUUCGGAGGAGCGAAGGGGAGAACAGAAGUGAAGCUGCUCCUGUGGAGUACAAUUAACUCGAAAUUGCUGCUUUACCCUCUUGACCCGUCGAGGAUUUUACCUAAAACUGCUUUCAGCCUCCCUCAGUCUGAGGCUAUGAGAGGGAGAGAGGAGUCCCAGGCCGCACCAUCAUGCUACUUCUGAGAUGCUGGGAUGAGACUUUGGCUGGCAAAACACAAGGUAUUACCCUCCCACUCCUCCACCAUGCCUGUCUGCGGCUGCCGCAGCCCCUCCUCGCCUCGGGGCCAAGCUGGGGCCUCCUGCUCCGCCCCCUCGGUCGCCCAGGAGCAGGAGAGGCCAGUCCGACCCCCACCUCCACCCCCGCCUCCGUCGCUCCGGCGCCACACCAGCGCCUCCCGCCUCCUCUCGCUUCUUCUCCUGCUGCUCUGCCUUCUCCACCUGCCCCCGGCCUGCCACUCGCGGCGAGAGAAAGGCGGGGGAGGUGGUGGUGCGGGGGGAGGCGGUGGUGGCGGCGGCGGCGCCCACUACAUCCCCAUCCCCCAACCCCCUCCCCACCACAUGGCCCUGCCCAACAUCCUGCGCGGCCUCAGCAUCGCCGUCGUCCUGGUGGGCAACUCCAGCGAGGUGGCGCUGGCCGGGGCGCGGGAGAAGGAUGACUUCCUGCACAUGGCGCCCAACGUGGAGGUGCUGACCAUGAACGAGACGGACCCUAAAAGCAUCAUCAAGAGCAUCUGUGACCUCAUGACGGAGCACUGGCUGCAGGGCGUGGUGUUUGGGGACGACACCGACCAGGAGGCCAUCGCCCAAAUCCUCGACUUCAUCUCCGCCCAGACCCACAUCCCCAUCCUCGGAGUCCGCGGGGGCUCCUCCAUGAUCAUGGCCGCCAAGGAUGACGACUCCAUGUUCUUUCAGUUCGGCCCCUCCAUCGAGCAGCAGGCCUCGGUCAUGCUAAACAUCAUGGAGGAGUACGACUGGUACAUCUUCUCCAUCGUCACCACGUACUACCCGGGUUACCAGGACUUUGUCACCAAGAUCCGUAGCACCAUCGAGAACAGCUUCGUGGGCUGGGAACUGGAGGAAGUUCUACUGCUCGACAUGUCCGUAGACGACGGAGAUUCGAAGAUCCAAAACCAGCUGAAGAAGCUGCAGAGCCCCGUCAUUCUUCUCUACUGCACAAAAGAAGAGGCCAACACCAUCUUUGAGGUGGCCCACUCUGUUGGGAUCACGGGCUACGGCUACACGUGGAUAGUGCCCUCGCUGGUAGCUGGAGACACUAUUGUAGUGCCUGCAGAGUUCCCCACAGGUCUGCUCUCCGUCUCCUAUGACGAGUGGGACUACAACCUGGAGGCCCGCGUUCGCGACGGCGUGGCCAUCAUCACUAUGGCAACCUCCACCAUGAUGAUGGACCGCGGACCUCACACUUUGCUGAAGUCUGAGUGCCACGGAGCUCCGGACAAGAAGACCCCCAUCUCAGGCAACCCCAACGAAGUGCUCAGGUACCUGAUGAAUGUGACUUUCGAGGGUCGAAAUCUGUCGUUCAGCGAGGACGGAUACCAGAUGCACCCCCAGCUGGUCAUCAUUCUGCUCAACAAGGAGAGACAGUGGGAGAGGGUGGGUAAAUGGGAGAAUGGUUCCCUGUCCAUGAAGUACCACGUGUGGCCUCGCUAUGAACUAUAUGGGGGGGCAGCGACCAGGGAGGACGACCACCUGUCCAUCGUGACGUUGGAGGAGGCUCCGUUCGUCAUCGUGGAAGACGUGGAUCCGCUCAGCGGGACGUGCAUGAGGAACACUGUACCCUGCCGGAAACAGAUCAAAAUCCUCAAUCAGACGAAGGAUUCUGGGAUCUACAUAAAGCGCUGCUGUAAGGGAUUCUGCAUCGACAUCCUGAAGAAGAUCGCCAAGCAGGUGAAGUUCACCUACGACCUUUACCUGGUCACUAACGGCAAACACGGCAAGAAGAUCAACGGGACAUGGAACGGCAUGGUGGGAGAGGUGGUGUUGAAAAACGCCCACAUGGCCGUCGGCUCCUUGACCAUCAACGAGGAGAGGUCGGAGGUCAUCGACUUCUCCGUCCCCUUCAUCGAGACGGGUAUCAGCGUCAUGGUGUCCCGUAGCAACGGCACCGUUUCCCCCUCGGCCUUCUUAGAGCCCUUCAGUGCGGAUGUGUGGGUGAUGAUGUUCGUGAUGCUGUUGCUGGUGUCAGCAAUGGCUGUGUUUAUAUUCGAGUACUUCAGCCCUGUGGGCUACAACCGCUGUCUGGCUGACGGCAGAGAGCCUCACGGCCCAUCCUUCACCAUCGGUAAGGCCAUCUGGCUGCUGUGGGGUCUGGUCUUUAACAACUCUGUGCCAGUGCAGAACCCCAAAGGCACGACCAGUAAGAUCAUGGUGUCCGUGUGGGCCUUCUUUGCUGUCAUCUUCCUGGCCUCCUACACUGCCAACCUGGCUGCUUUCAUGAUCCAGGAGGAAUAUGUGGACCAGGUAACUGGUCUCUCAGACAAAAAGUUCCAGAGUCCCAACGACUUCUCGCCUCCGUUUCGGUUCGGCACUGUCCCAAACGGGAGUACGGAGAGAAACAUUAGGAACAACUAUCCAGAAAUGCACGCCUACAUGACAAAGUUUCAUCAGAGAAAUGUCAACGAGGCCCUGGCCUCUCUCAAGGCUGGCAAACUAGAUGCUUUCAUUUACGACGCGGCCGUGCUGAACUACAUGGCCGGCAGGGACGAGGGCUGCAAGCUGGUGACCAUUGGCAGCGGCUACAUCUUUGCCACCACGGGGUACGGCAUCGCCAUCCAGAAGGAGUCGCUCUGGAAGAGACAUGUGGACCUGGCCAUCCUGCAGCUCUUCGGAGACGGUGAGAUGGAGGAGCUGGAGUCCCUGUGGCUGACGGGGAUCUGCCACCACGAGAAGAACGAGGUGAUGUCCAGCCAGCUGGAUGUGGACAACAUGGCCGGUGUCUUCUACAUGCUCGGCGCCGCCAUGGCUCUGUCGCUCAUCACCUUCAUCUGCGAGCACUGGUUCUACUGGCAGCUGCGCUUCUGCUUCAUGGGCGUCUGCUCCGGCCAGCCCGGCUUCGUCUUCUCCAUCAGCAGGGGCAUCUACAGCUGUAUCCACGGUGUGCAGAUUGAGGAGAAGAGCAGCUCGGCAUUGAACUCCCCAUCAGCCACUAUGAACAACACGCAUUCCAACAUUAUGCGCCUCCUACGCACCGCCAAGAACAUGGCCUCCCUGUCGGGGGUGAACGGCUCACCCCACAGCGCUCUGGACUUCAUCCGCCGGGAAUCCUCGGUUUAUGACAUCUCUGAACACCGGCGCAGCUUGGCGGGCCACUCCGACUGCAAGCCACCUUACAUCCCGGAAGACAACAUGUUCAGCGACUACAUCAGUGAGGUGGAGAGGACGUUUGGCAACCUCCACCUGAAGGACAGUAAUCUGUACCAGGACCACUACCUGCACCACCAUGGCUCAACACUGGGGCUCAGCGGACCGGCUCCCAACAGGCCCCACAGUCUGGGCAGUGCUAGUUCUCUGGAGGGGGGCAUGUUCGACUGUGACAGCCUGGGCGGAGGGAUGGCCCCUAUUUUCACCACCCAGCCAUGCUCAGCACUGACCCACAGGAACAUGAGCAAGUUUGACCUGCUGUCUGGACAGACUCCCCCCUCGAGCCAGAGCUUUAAGGGAGGCCUGCCGGACCUGUACGGGAAGUUCUCCUUCAAGGGAGGCGCCUCAAGUUCCACGUUUAUCCCUGGGCACGGCUACUGUGGAGGGAGAGGCGAUGACGAUGGGAAUAUACGCUCAGAUGUCUCGGACAUUUCCACGCACACAGUAACUUAUGGGAACCUGGAGGGUAAUGCCAAGAAGCGCAAACAGUACCGCGAUAGCCUGAAAAAGAGGCCGGCCUCUGCCAAGUCCAGACGGGAGCUGGACGAGAUUGAGCUGGGCUACAGGAGGAAACCCUACCACAUCAGCCACCACCAUUACCACGGCCACCGCUCUACCUCCCCACCGCUUUUGCCCGCUGAACGGAAGAGAGGAGGAGGAGGAGGAGGAGGUGGAGGAGGCAACAACGACGGGAACUCCUAUCUCUUCAGAGAAAAGGAGAGCGUUAGGGAUUUUUAUUUGGACCAGUUUCGGCCCAAAGAGGGCGUCCCUCAGUGGGAACACGUGGACCUGACAGAGGGCCCUGGGAGUAGAGAUGGAGGAGUGCCGACCUGCACCACCCUGGUUCCAGUGGAUGACUUUCUUAAGGGCAAACCCAAAAAGUCAGAUUCAAAGAGUGGGGGAGGAUCUGGGCUAGCAGGGGGAGAGUGGGAGUGCAGGAACUGCCGGGCUAGCGGGGGAGGAGUGGGCAAGCAGAUGUCCAUGCAUGGAGGAGGGGGUGGUGGUGUUGGGUACGGUGGUGGUAUGAGCUGCGGGUCCUCUGGAGGCGGAGGAAACAGCCGCCCCAGCUCUGCGACCUGCAUGCGCUGCGAGGGCUGUAAAAAGACAGGAAACCUCUACGAUAUCAGCGAGGACAACAACCACCUCUUGGAACAGAUGGGGGGAGGGAAAGGCGGGGGAGGAGGAGGAGGCGGCGGCGGCAUGGGUGCAGGCCCUCAGUCUCAACCUCAGGGCCAGCCGAGGAGAAAGAGUGGAGGAUUGGGCAAACAACUGAGGCGGCAGCACUCGUAUGACGCGUUUGUGGACCUUCAGAAAGAGGAGUCAGGUGGGAUGGGAAGUCUGAUGGGCCUAGGGGGCGUUGGAGGGAUGAGCGGCGCGGGUAUGGGAGGGAUGCUGCCCCCACCCAGGAGUGUUAGCUUGAAGGAGAAAGAACGCUACAUGGAGGGCUCCAGCCCCUUCGCAAACAUAUUUGAGCGUCACGGGGGCUCGGAGAGAGAAAGGGAAAGAGACCGGGACCCAUUGUUUUACGCAGGUGAGGGCCGGAAAAGACCCGGCUCGCCAUUCGGCCUGUUCAGAGGCGGCGAGGGCCUCCACCGCCGCUCCAUCGGAGAGAGAGACAUGCGAGACCGGGACAGGUCUUUGAUGGAAGGAGGAGGUGGGGGAGGGUUCUCUUUAUCCAAAUCUCUUUACCCCGACAGGGUAAACCAAAACCCCUUUAUACCCACCUUUGGGGACGACCAGUGUCUGAUGCACGGAGCCAAACAGUAUUACAUGAAAAAGCAACAGCAGCAGCAGCAGCAGCAGCAGCAGCAACAAGUUGCCAAAAACAGCCGAAGUGACUUCAGGAGCCAGAUGAGCACGACGUCAUAUCUGCCGGCGUCCGCCACGGCCGGGGUGAUGUCCAACGUGACCCCCCGGUUCCCGAAAGAGCUCAGCCACGGUGGAAUGAACCACCACGGCUCCAUGCUGGGGGUGGGCCCCCCGCGUCCCUUCAACGGAAGCAAUGGCCAUGUGUACGAGAAACUCUCCAGCAUUGAGUCUGACGUGUGAGAACAAAACUAAAAAAGGGGGAGGAGGAGCGGACGAUGGCGAGGGAGGAAGGGGGUGGGGGGGAGUAAUAGAGGCAUGUACUAGUGUUAGGAGAUCAGGGAUGAUUUUAAAAGACACUGUCCACACACUGCAACCCUAGCCCAUAUUGGGACAGCACGAUUAGUUAAGAGGAGAGGACUAGAGACUGUGACAUAGAGAAAACAUAGAGUACAAAAUCUGGGUUAAAAAAUCAGGACACUCUGAGGAGGUGUGGGAUGUUAACCCUCUCUCAGACACGGCCAAAGCUACUCUACUUUUAUGUCCACUCACGGUCAAUCAACAUCCCCCCCCUCUCCCUCCCUCAACAUAACACAAAUGCGCUCGACUCCCCAAGUCCAUUAUUUUCACCCACCGGUGACGCAGAAGUCGAUGUACUCGGCUGUUAUCGCAAAGAGGCGACAGCUCAUCUUUUAGUUUGAUACUGGACGUGUGAGCCUGGUGCGAUGCGAUUGGCUUGUCGACGCGAGAGCUCCCGCCGAGGCGCCUCUGAGGAAAAGACUGGCGAGAGCGAGCGAGCCCAUCUGCCCCUGUGUCACCGCCGAACGGAGACGUUGUCGCGCUUACCGCAGCCGGCGACACAGGAGAUGACUCUCUGCCUGUCUCUGUGGAAGGAGACAGCCCGGCCUGUCUGUGUCCUCUCCGUCCCAACUCGUCUCUCCCCCACCCCCACCCCCACCCCCCUCCCCUCCUCCUCCUCCCUCCUCCUCAUCCCCCAACGCCAAAUGAGCUGAUCUUGUUUGCUUUGAGAAAUACAAUCAUGGAUGAUAAUAAGAUAUUCUUAUAGAAAACAAAAAAAACAGGGUAUAAGAACAACAAUAAUAUUGAUAACAUUGUGAAUAACAAAGAUGUUAGCGCUGAUUAUGAAAUAAGUUUGUUUUUUUAAUUUGUUUUAUGUUCCGCUGGUAUGAUAUUUCACUACUGUUUUAGUACCUGUAGUUGGAUCCUGUGGUCCUGCUGUGGCAGCAGGACGGCUGUUCUGAGUUCAACCAACCAGCCAGAAAGACUGAGUCCUUAACUUCUUCUUUUCAAUGGUUUCUGUAGAAUAUUCUACUUCAUGCUCAUACAUUUAUUUGCUCCUUGUGGAAAAAAAUCUGGAUCUGGAAAGACAUGUUUAGAGCUGACAGAUCCUUCUUUAAUGUUUCAAGACGUUACAAAUGAAGUGCACACACAAACACAUUCACUCACACUUUAAACACAUGCGGAUUUUGUCGGUCUGAACUUGUGUUACUGUGAUCGGCGCGUUUCGUCCGAAAGCUGAAGAGGCUGAGAGGAAGGACGUGUCUUAAUGGUCUCCAGUGGAUGUGUCCUCCGGUUCACGCGCCCGUCCCCGCGCGGCAGGCAGCGCCGGGACGGACCGGCAUGCUUUGACUCGGUGACUCUCUUCACGUUCUAUUGAGCCAAAGCUGCAGUGGGAAUUUACAGCAAGGCUUUGAGACACUGCAGCCGAUGGUUUAGCUCCAAGAGGAGAUGUUUUAUAACUUCGUAAGAAAAUUGAUUUCAUAUGUCGAACGUGGGCAGCGCUUUACGAACCAGAUGUAUUUUUAGGAUGUCACGGAUAGACCGACCGCGUCUCACUUCACAACACGGCAGCCUUUAGACCACUUCUUUUAUUCAGGUUACAUGAUGACAGUCACCAGGCACUCACCUUUGUAUGUAAUUUAUUUUCCCGCCUCUCACCAGUAUCUCGUAGAAGGCGUUAACUUAUUCACUCACGUCAGCAGUCUGAGAGGCGCGCACAGAACGCUUUGUUUGUACAUUGUGUAUGAUAAAUAUAUGCACUGCUGAUAACAAAAAAAUGUGUAGGAAAAAUGGUGUCGCCCUGUGACAAGGAUACCGAUUAAAGCUCGAGCCGAGGAGGAUGUCGAUUUGGGAGAGGCCUCUUCGACACUGACAGAGGCGUCCGGAAGGCGUCCCGAAGGCGUCCUGAAGGCGGCCAUCUUGCGAACGCUUUCCGGCUUUUCACUUUAACUGAUGUAGAUAGUAUUUUUUUUUUGCUGGAGAGGCCUCAUUGUAUUGCACAGGACCUUUUUACUCGGUGUAGGUUCAGGCACUUCAGUAGACAUGCCUUAUCAUCCCAUCACCAUGCCCCCCCCAACCCCCCCAACCCCCCCAGAGCUGUCUGAUGAUCAUUAACUGUAAAUGUAUACGUACUAUUAAAAGGUUUGAUCUUCGAUUAGCUGGCGGCGUCAGAAGUUCAAGGGCUGCGGGAGAUUGCGAAGGAGUGCUGGCCUGAGCCUGGAGCUGCUGGAGUGUGUAGAGUGUGAUCUUUGUCCUUGCGGACUUCUAUCUUAUAUCCUUAUCUAAAUGCACCAAUGUAAUAGGUUGCCGUGGCGUGCGUGCGUGCGUGCGUGCGUGCGUGCGUGCGUGCGUGCGUGCGUGCGUGUGGAAGCAAAUCACGAUUGAAUGAUAACCGCUGUUUUUUUCUGAUAACUAUUCAUAAGUUCAACAGCCUCUCCUCCUACUCGUCCCUCGCUCCACAGACAACACCAUCAAAGUGAGACUGAUCGAGUUAGCCUUAAAUCAAACUGAUCCAUCCAUCUACCCCCCCCCCCCACAACCCUAUGACUCUCCUAAUGAAUAGAUUGGGAUCUCUGGAAUUUUUAUACGCACACAUUUUUCGAGAGUUCAGGUCAACCAUUAUCAGCGAGACGGUAUAAGAAGGAGAACGGGAAAUGACGGGGAAAUAAGAAGGAGCAGAAGAAGAGAGACUUUGGAGCGGGCAUCAAUCAGUGUCAGCAUUUGUACGUUCAAUCUUUUCCUUGUAAAUAAUAUAUUUAAAACUCUUUUCACUUUGUACAGUCGACAGACAGACAGGAUGUAACUUUCAAUAUGUUUUACAGCAAUUUAAGAAAUAAACAAAACGAUAAUAAAAACUGAUAAAAACGAAAAAAGUCAUCGACAAAAUUAUGCAAAAAUAUACUUAAGACACAAAUAUUACUAAUCAUAAGUGAUAUAAUUGCACCUUUUUACUUUAAGUCUCAUGUUUACUUAAUUAUAAUAGUUUACCAAUCAGUAUACUUAUUAUGUUAAGAAUUAUGCUUUUUUUCAUAUUUUCACUAACGUGUUGGAAAUCGAGGAUACUUUACUGUAGGUGUAGACGUUUGGUGAUUAAAAAAAGGGGGAAAGUUUAGUUUUAGGAGUCUUCGCUAAGUUUCCCUUGAAUUGUGUUAGAUUCUCUCUUUUAAGGUAAGCUCUUCGUCAUGCUUUUUGAGAUCGACUCAAUUAUCUACACAUUUAUGGAAUACAAUAUUACAUGUAUACAUAGAUGAUAUUUGCAUAUAGAGGCAGUAUAUUGUGAUCCUUCAUUUUUAAGCAGCAAUCCUUGUUAAAAAAACUUACAAGAUAUUUGUGUUUUUGUUGCCCUUUUUUUUUUUCUUUCUUCUCACCUGGGCUCUUUAACGGUGUUUGCACACAGAAUUUAGAGCCAUCGUCGGCCUGGCCUAUCCUCUUCCCUCUCUGUGUUUGGGAUAGACAUCACUGUGGUAAAGGAAUACACACACACACACACACACACACACACACA